AUGGGGACGGUUGUGCAGGUGAGGCUCAUCACAGCUGUGAAGACGCCUUAUCUUCCCGAUGGAAAGGUGGAUCUCGAGGCUUACGAAAAGAUUGUGGAGCACCAAAUCGCCAAUGGAGUCGAAGGCUUGAUUGUUGGCGGCACGACGGGGGAGGGUCACCUCCUUUCCUGGGACGAACACCUGAACCUCAUCGCGCACACGAAGGCCAAAUUCGGAGGCCGAAUCCUCAUCGUCGGAAAUACUGGCAGCAACCACACUGCAGAGGCCGUCUGGGCCACGGAGAAGGGCUUCGCUGCUGGGAUGGAUGCCUCGCUUCUGAUCAAUCCCUACUACGGCAAGACGUCUGACUCUGGGAUUAUCAUGCAUUUGGAAGCGGCGCUCAAGUUCGGACCAGCCUUUAUCUACAAUGUGCCGGGGCGAACGGGGCAGGACAUCAAGUCCAGCGUGAUGGUAAAGAUCAAGGAUCACCCUAAUUUUGUGGGCGUCAAGGAGUGCAUGGGCCACGAGCGCAUCAAGGAGUACAGCAGUAUGGGCGUUUGCUGCUGGUCUGGCAACGAUGACCAGAUGCACGAAUCGAGACAUCAGCAUGGAGCUGUUGGUGUCAUUUCUGUCACGUCGAACAUUGUGCCGGCUCUGGUCAAGAAGCUUAUGACAGAGAAGGAUGAUGCUCUAGAUGCCAAGCUGCAGCCACUAUACAAGUGGCUUUUCACAGAUCCAAACCCAAUUGGUGUCAACACCAUGUUGAUGAUGCUUGGUGCUGCUAAGCCAGUCUUUCGAUUGCCGUAUACCUUCGUUCCAAGGGACCGAAGGACACAAGGAGUGGAGCUGCUCACGUCCAUCGGUUUAGAGAACUGCCCUGCGUUCGGAGAGCUGAAGGCACUUGAGGAUGCCGAAUUUCAACACACGCUUGGAGAGAUGGGCCACUAG